GGCGACGGCGCCUCCUGUUAGUCAAAGCCGGUCAGCCAAGGAGGCGGCAGCCGACCGGACGGUUUGUUCGCUUGCCCGCCCGCCGGGUCGGUGACCGGGAUGGCGUCGGAUUCUGGAAGCUUCAGCCAUUCUGGGGGUCAACAGCAAAGCUACGCAGGGUAUGGCAGUCAAGGAAAUCAGAACUACGGACAGGCACCGCAGGGCUAUCCUGGCUACGAGCAGAGCAGAGAGAGCUCAUCUUACGGGCAGAGCUUCGGAAACUAUCAAGGGAACUACGGACAGGCCCAGACAGGUUACGGGCAGAGCAGCCAGCCAGGAUAUGGCAGCUAUGAAAACCAGAACCAGAGUGCCUACGGCCAGGAGUCUUAUGGCAGCCAAGAUGACCAGAAGGAUUCGUCUGGCGGCAGCAGGCCUUCCUACGACCCCCCGCCCAGCUUCGGCCAACAGCAAGCCUCCUACGGCCAGCAGUCGGGCUAUGGCCAGCAGCAGCAGCAGGGCUACAACCAGAACCGGGGCUCCUAUGACCAGAAGCAAGGCUACAACCAGCAGCAAGAAGCUUUCAACCAGAAGUCCAACUUCGGCCAGCAGCAGCAGCAGCAAGGGCCCUACGGCCAGAACCAGCCAUCCUACCAGGCCCAGCAGAAGGAGAGUUACGGGCACAGCAUGCAAGACGACCGCCGUGACAAGGGGAGAUACGGGGAAGAUAACCGAGGGUACGGUGGGCCACGCAGAGGUGGGAGCAGGUUCGAUUCUGACAACAGAGAUCUCAUGUCCGGCAUAAGCGGUGGAGACCGAGGUGGCUUCAAAAAUUUUGGUGGUCAAAGGGAUUAUGGGCAGAAGCCGGACACAGACUCGGAGUCUGACAACUUGGAUAACAACACCAUCUUUGUACAAGGCCUGGGAGAGGAUGCUUCAGCAGAUCAAGUCGGCGAGUACUUCAAGCAAAUAGGAGUCAUUAAGACUAACAAAAAGACAGGGAAGCUGAUGAUAAACCUCUAUACGGACAAGGACACGGGCAAGCCUAAGGGAGAAGCCACAGUGUCUUUCGACGACCCGCCAUCGGCUAAAGCGGCCAUUGACUGGUUUGACGGAAAGGAAUUCAAUGGCAGUGUCAUCAGAGUCUCCUUUGCGACCAGGCGGCCGGAAUUCCUGCGAGGCGGUGGAAAUGGUGGCGGCGGCGGCGGCCGAGGGUUGCGAGGAGGGGGCUUCGGCCGAGGCGGGGGCUUUCAGGGCCGAGGCGGGGAACCCAAAAGCGGCGACUGGGUUUGUCCGAAUCCGAGCUGUGGGAACAUGAACUUUGCCCGCCGGAAUUCCUGUAACCAGUGCAACGAGCCCAGGCCGGAAGACUCCCGGCCCUCGGGAGGAGGAGACUUCCGCGGCAGGGGCGGCUUUGGAGGUGACCGGGGGUACAGAGGCCGGGGCGGAAGUGGCGGCGGCUUCGGCGGGAAGAUGGGAGGAAGGAACGACUUCAGAAGCGAUCAGCGUAACCGGCCCUACUAAAACCCGCCGAGAAUGUCCCCUGUCCCCUGCCUUCCUAAUGGCUUUUGAGAGUGGGAUUUUGCUGAAUUUCGCCUGCUGCUUUAUACCCCCGUGGCCUCUUCUUCUGAAUAGUGGAAUUUAAAUGUGAAACUGGAUUUUUACUUUGGUGGGAGGGACCUGAUGGGGUUUUUCUUUCUUUCUUUCUUUUAAGCAAGUCCAUCGAACUUUCACCUUCUUAAUUUCCAUGAUUUCCUCCACUCGCCCCCCUUCGCUCCACCCACAAGACUCUUCCACAGGCUCUUUCAAAACCGGAAGGAAUGGAAACUGUAAAAUAUUUGCCAAAAAUCGGACAUGUUUUAUAAUACAAACAUUAAAAGCUGAUUUUGUUUAUUUGUGAAA